GCCGCCGGCCUGUGCGGGGCCGGCUGGGGUGAGUGGCACCCGUUGAAUCAUCCCCCACACACCCCUCCUUGGGGACCUGACCUGUCCACCCCAGUCCGAGUCCAUGAGAUGUUUAAGGAAGAAAUCUCUAAGCGUUUCAAGUCCCACACUGACCAACUUGUGUUGAUAUUUGCUGGGAAAAUAUUAAAAGACCAAGAUACUCUAACCCAGCAUGGGAUUCAUGAUGGACUUACUGUUCACCUUGUUAUCAAAACACAAAACAGAUCACAAGAUCAUCCAGCUCAGCAGACAAGCAGCACUGGGAGUACUGCUACCACAUCUGCAUCGAGUAGUAGUACCUCAACACCAGCCUCAGCAAACAGCAACCCUUAUGGUCUGGGUGGCCUUGGAGGACUUGCAGGUCUGAGUAGCCUGGGACUUAAUACAUCUAACUUUUCAGAAUUACAAAGUCAGAUGCAGCGGCAGCUCAUGUCCAACCCAGAAAUGAUGGUUCAGAUAAUGGAAAAUCCCUUUGUUCAGAGCAUGCUUUCUAAUCCAGAUCUGAUGAGGCAAUUAAUUAUGGCCAAUCCUCAAAUGCAGCAAUUGAUACAGAGAAAUCCAGAGAUCAGUCACAUGCUGAAUAAUCCAGAUAUCAUGAGACAGACACUAGAACUUGCCAGAAACCCAGCGAUGAUGCAAGAAAUGAUGAGAAACCAGGACCGAGCCUUGAGCAACCUUGAAAGCAUACCAGGUGGAUACAAUGCUUUGCGACGCAUGUACACAGAUAUUCAGGAGCCAAUGUUGAACGCAGCUCAAGAACAGUUUGGAGGUAACCCAUUUGCUUCUUUAGUAAGCAAUGCAUCUUCAGGUGGGGAAAGCCAACCAUCUCGCACAGAAAAUAGAGACCCUCUCCCAAAUCCUUGGGCUCCUCCAUCUAGUUCCCAGAGUUCUACAACCAGCACCAGUACCAGGGGUGAAAGUGGUGGCAGUAGUAAUGUUGGAAGUAGUACCGCUGGCAGUACAGGACAGAGCUCAACCAUACCGAAUUUGGGACCUGGAUUAGGAGCUGGCAUGUUCAACACACCAGGGAUGCAGAGCUUAUUGCAACAGAUUACAGAAAACCCGCAGCUAAUGCAGAACAUGCUGUCUGCACCCUAUAUGAGGAGCAUGAUGCAGUCACUAAGCCAGAACCCUGAUCUUGCUGCACAGAUGAUGCUGAACAAUCCUUUAUUUGCUGGAAACCCUCAGCUUCAAGAACAAAUGAGACAACAGCUUCCAACUUUCCUUCAGCAAAUGCAGAAUCCUGACACGUUAUCAGCAAUGUCAAAUCCUAGAGCAAUGCAAGCUUUGUUACAAAUUCAGCAAGGCUUACAAACAUUGGCAACAGAAGCACCAGGACUUAUACCAGGGUUUACUCCUGGUUUAGGUGGAUUAGGAAGCACUGGAGGGCCUACAGGGACAAGUGUAUCCAGCUCUGUUCCCAGUGAAAAUACAAGUCCAGCUUCAGGAGUUGCUGAGCCUGGUCACCAACAAUUUGUUCAGCAGAUGUUGCAGGCACUUGCUGGUGCAAAUGCUCAGCAGUUACAAAAUCCAGAAGUCCGAUUUCAGCAACAACUGGAGCAGCUCAGUGCAAUGGGCUUUUUGAAUCGCGAAGCAAAUUUACAAGCUCUAAUAGCAACCGGAGGAGAUAUCAAUGCAGCUAUUGAAAGGCUACUGGGCUCCCAACCAUCAUAGCAACAUUUCCUUAACUUGAAAAAUGUAAUUUAUUUUUGAUAACAGCUCUUAAAUCUUUAAAAUACUUGCUUUAUUUCAUUCUGACUCUUGGGAUUGUCUUGUUAUAACUAAAAGCAGUCUGAUGCAUUUUAAGGUGGAGUGCAGUAGUUUUCUUCGAACAGUGGGAAUCAAUGCUUUUCACUCAGAGUUGUUGCAUGCAUCACAUUUCUCUUCGUUCUGCAUUUAUUGUGAUUUUUUUGAAACGGAUAUCAGCUUUCACAAUGGGGUAAACAGGUUCUGUCUGACCUACAACUGUCCAGUUUCUUUACUACUUAAACAUUAGCCUUCAGUAGUAAUUUAUGUAGAAUAAAAAUUAAAAAGGAGACACAUGAAGCUAUAAUUUGUGGGUUCCAAUACUGCUUAUUGUGACUUCGGCAUGUAUUUUUUUGCUAGCAAAAUGCUGUAAGAUUUAUACCACUCGAGUUACCUACCAUUUUUGCUUUUAUUUGUAUAAAGUAUAAACACAAUAUACACCAUUGAAAAUGGCUCAUUUCUAGGAACUUACACAUUGCGAUAGAAUGAAACGAUAAGUAACCAAAAAGCUACAGAACAAAUAAGUCAUAAGACACGUUUCUAGAGUAGAAUCUUUCAGUAUCUUUGGUAAACAUCUCUGCAAAAGUGCUUAGAUAAGUUCAUUUAAAAUAUACUAGAAUUGCUGAUCUGGUUAUCUCUAUACAUCUUAACUGUACAGAAACCUGCAUUGUUAUUAACAUUGCCUCAAUAUUCACAAGGAUUAAUUGGAAAUUACCUUAAUCUUUGUGCAAAUUGAAGAAACACUACGUGACGUCUGAAAAAGCUUCUGAGGCUUUUUGGCUAUCCCAUGUUGAAAUUCUAACAUGUAUUAUGAUUUGUAAUUGGAAACAUUACUUUCACUCAUUGUCAUGUGAUAUUCUGAUUACUUUUAACCACCAUGUAAAAAUACUGUAUAUCUUUUGAGUUUUUAUUGGUAGCUAUUUCUCUUGUGCACAGGUAAUAAAUGAAUUAAAAAUUCGUUGUG